AUGUCACUGAUCAGCGCGCGAAUCUUCACAAGUACCGCUGGGAAACAUAACGCAACUGAGUAUCUCGAAUCAUUCCCCUUUGUUAUCGGAUGCCAGGGCGGUCCAUCAGACGACCCGCCAUUUUCGGUAGCUGGGGUUAUUGCCAUAUGGCGGGACGCCAAAGACUUUGGAUUCAUGCCUCUUGUCGGAGACUUUACGCAAGGUGAUGAGAUCGAAGUCGAUGACGAUAUCCUCGAUCAGAUCAUGAAAGUUCCGAGAAGGCUUUCACGGCCGCCGAUCAUAACAUUGCUUUCGAGCAAGUUGCUCUUGUGA